GCUCCCACCGCAUGUAGCGCAAAGAAGGAGGCGUAAACACUGAUAUUGCUAACUAUCCAGCGAGCACCAUCAGCAAACAGAAGUUUGGCCUGUGGUGAUCUCAGCAUGAUACCACUGAAGAAAUUGUCAUGGAGAUGAACGUCAACAGUGAGUGUUUUGGAUGUGGCCGUUCUGGGCAUUGGGUCAAGAACUGUCCCCAGGGCCGCGGUGGUGGUGGUGGUGGUGGCGCACGUGUAGGUAGCAGGGGCCGGGGCCGAUCCAAGGAGAUGUUCUGCUAUCGUUGUGGAGACCAGGGACACAUGGCCAGGGAUUGUUGUCACUCUGAGGAUGCGUGCUAUAACUGCCACAGGAUUGGGCAUAUUUCCCGGGACUGCAAGGAGCCCAAAAAGGAGAGGGAGCAGCUUUGCUACAACUGUGGCAAAGCUGGUCACGUGGCCCGCGAUUGUGAACAUGCCAACGAGCAGAAGUGCUACUGCUGCGGUGGGUUUGGUCACAUCCAGAAACUUUGCGACAAGGUGAAAUGUUACAGGUGUGGCGAGAUUGGUCACGUUGCUGUGCGUUGCAGUAGAUCCCAGGCCACUGAGACUAACUGCUACAAAUGUGGAAAGGCAGGCCACAUGGCAAAAGACUGCUCCAUUGAAGCCACCGCAUAAUCAGUGCCCUCUGUUGCCCCUCCUUUUUUUCAGAUUGAUGGUUGGUUGUAUUAUUUUCUCUGAAUCCUCUUCACUGGCCAAAGGUCGGCUAACAGAGGCUAGUCCCAGGCCAGUGAGCCUCUCGACAUGUAAUACAAAGAAAGGGGUGAAAAAUAUCUUCUGCAUUCAAUACAAAAAUGUUUUAGUUUGGUAGCGGUGUUAUGUAUAAUGCUUUGUUUAAGAACCCCCCCUUUCCAAGCCACUGGUGAUCAGAGAUGAAUAAAUGGGACAACACAUAUGGGCAUCUAUAGGACCUCUGAGCUUAUGGACGUGAGUCUCAGUAAAAUGAGAUAGCAGAAGGGAGUAAAUAGAAACCGAACUUCCAUGUAUUGGUUAUUUUGGUUCGUUUUAGUGGAAUGAGUUGGCCAAGAGAGUAUGACAUGGAAACAUUUCAUAACAUGAUGCAUUUCAGCCCUACAAGCAGCAAAGAGGGUGAUGACAAACUACAUGUUAUAUUGCUAAGAUAUAAAUUUUCUUUUGGAGGUAAAAGAGACAUGUUCUUUUAUAGAAAUCUGUUUACAAUUUAAAUAUAAUAGUCCAAGGUAGACUUUUCCUUUUCAAAAUGGCUUUGGAAUUUUUGUUUUUUUACCUUGGCAAAAUUGAACAUCAAGAACAGUUGUUGGAACAGCAGAAUUAGGAGUUAUUUGGGAAUGAAAAAUGUUUUCACAGAAAUCAAAAUGUUAUUUUUGUACAAUAUCACUUAGACUACUGUAUAAAUACCAUUUGCUUGUACUCAGUUUUUAAGUCGGAAGGAAAGUGCAACUGAAGUCCUAGAAAAUAGAAAUGUAAUUUUAAACUAUCAAUAAAGCUGGAGGAGCACGGGGA